AUGCUGGCGCUGCUGUGUUCCUGCCUGCUCCUGGCGGCCGAUGCCUCCAUGGAUGCGGAUAUGGUGGAGCCCAGUGCCAACACUGCAGACCAAAUCCGCGACAUGCACGUCAAAGUGACGCAGAUCUGGCAGGAGCUCACGCAGCAGGGGGCGAGGGACAGCUGGCCCGACGCCGGGCUCCAUGCCGCCUGCCACGUGCAGCCGUCUGCAUCGCUGGACGCUGCGCAGCCCCGAGUCACUGGCCUCGUCCUCUUCCGGCAGCUUGCGCUCGGCGCCAAACUCGAGGCCUUCUUCGACCUGGAGGGCUUCCCCACCGAGCCCAACGCUUCCAGCCGCGCCAUCCACGUGCACCAGUACGGGGACGUGAGCCAGGGCUGCGAGGCCACCGGUCCCCACUACAACCCGCUGGGCGUACCGCACCCGCUGCACCCGGGCGACUUCGGUAACUUCGCGGUUCGCGACGGCCGUCUCUGGAAGUACCGUACCGGCCUCGCCGCCUCGCUCACCGGCCCCCACUCCAUCAUGGGCCGCUCCGUGGUGGUCCACGCGCUCCAGGACGACCUGGGCCUCGGUGGCAACCAGGCCAGCGUGGAGAACGGCAACGCGGGCCGCCGGCUGGCCUGCUGCGUGGUGGGCGUGUGCGGGCCGGAGCUGUGGGCGCGCAAAGCACAAGAACACGUGGAGCGCAGGAAGCGGCGACGCGAGAGCGAGUGCAAGACCUCCUGA